AUGUCUUCUGAAUAUGCGUCUUACUCGACAACCUUAUAUUUUUCGAAUGUAGAAAAAUUUCAGAAGUGGGUCUACACCGUCUGCAAAGAUGGUGAUCAAGUCCAGCGAGAGUUUAUCGAUUUGUGGAGACGAUUCGCUAACAGAUACAAGAGUAUUUGUCAUUUCGGGUUCACAUUCAUUACCAGUUUGACACAUGAAGCAGGACUCACAUUAGAGACAAUGGAUGAAUAUAUCAGAUCCAGUCUUGAAAAUCUACAGAUUUCAGGCGCUCUGGACAACUCCAUUAGCAUUAUUAUGGGUGAUCACGGUAACCGUAUUGGACUGGUGAGAUAUUCGUAUACUGGAACUAUAGAAGAACGAAUGCCGCUGAUGGCUAUUCGACUGCCGACAAAUUUCAAAGUGGAAUACCCAGACGAAUACGCUAAUUUCUUGGAAAAUAAAUGGAAACUCACGAAGGUACCAGUAGUUUUGAGGCAGCACUCAUAUUCUUUGGAGGAUCAGGAGAUUAUGAGAUAA